AUGUUGGAGCGACAUAACCUGUCGCGUCGGGAAAUGGGUGUGGAUCUCCUCAGCAUUGAUGGAAGCAAAGCAAUUCUUUGCCGAUGUGGGGGCGAGAAUUCCACUGUAAGCCACUGCGAGAUCAAGCGCUUCCUGCGCACGGCCAGAUGGGUUUGUCAGGCCGAUGAGCUCGUGCUGGUCACGAGAUGGGCCACCAAGCUUAGCAGUGACUCCAAGAAGUGGCUCAGACAAUACAAUGCCAAGCACGUGGUCAUCAGCAAAAGCGAGAUCCAACGGCAGUCGGCUGCAGGGAGCCCAACACCAAGUAGCCAGGCCGAUGCUGCUGCAUCCGGAUCUCCGCCAUUGCGCCCUUGCCAGCAGGCCUGCCUGGAAGCAUGUGCGAAGGGGGCUCGCGUGAUCCAGAUGGCUUGUGGCACUGGCAAGACACGGGUGAUCCGGGAGUUGGCCCAGAACAUUUCCGGGAAGGUACUGGUCAUCGUGCCGUCGCGGUUGCUCCUGGAGCAGUUCGCUGCAGAGUUUCCAACUUUCUGCAAGGUGGGCACCGGCUACAACACGAAUAUCAACAAAAGUGCUUUGGGCUUCAUUGCGGUCUCAGACUCCGUGCAUCUACUGGAGAAGAUCGAUAUUGAAGCCGUUUUCGUGGAUGAAGCCCACCAUCCCCUACCACCAGGGAUGCCGGGGACCGAGGAGCUCUUCCUGUUUUCAGCGACACAUCGCGAUACUGCAGAUUUCGAGUACAGCAUGGGCAAGGCUGUAGAGGAUGGAGUUCUUUGCGACUACGACCUGACCGUGCCUUUUGUUUCAGGCGGUCACGCCUAUGUAGGUUUGGCACAUCUCCUGCUGCAUCAUCCAGGCCGCUUCAGGCGAGUACUUGCAUACUGCAACACCGUGAAUGAAGCGAAGCUUGUCCAGCACGCGUUUGAAGAAGUUGGCAUGGCAGCAUGGCAUAUCAACGGGCGUACAAACCCCAGGAAGCGGGAAGAGGUGAUGCAGGCGUUUUCUGGAAGAAUGCAGAAGCCAGUCCAUGUUCUUGUGACAGUACAAGUGUUGGGGGAAGGUGUGAACAUUCCCAAUGCUGACACAUGCAUGUUCGUGGAGCCACGAGACAGCUACACCAGCAUUGUUCAGGCUGUUGGUCGUGUAUUGCGUCAGCACACGGCCAAGCCACUAGCUCACAUCAUUCUCCCUGCAGUGACUCUGCCGGCAGAAGAGCACACUCUCGUAGGUGGUGGCUUGAAUGAAGCAGGACUCAUGGGUUCAUCCAGUCAUGUUGAUAGCUAUAUUCAAGCGGACAGCUAUGGUCAGGCUUCCGGUGCACAUCCUCUCAAUCGGAGCUUGCUCGUUGGAUCCACGACAGCUUUUCAACAGAGCUCAUCUGUCACCGAUGCGAACCAUGAGGAACCACACCGUGUCAUGGAUUCGGGCUCGAAGUCGCACUUCCGCGAAGUUGCUUCAGGAAACUUAGAGGGAGUACGUUUGAGAAAAUCCGAUUCGGAGGUGCCCGCAAAUUCCUCGCAGGAGGCCUUGAGGGCUAGCUGCCCGCGUGUCGUGGAUGUGCUGCGCACAUCAGAAUAUGGUCCACACACCGACGAAGCUGAAGAUAACUCCGAACAUUUGACAGCAUUGGAUGGAUCAGGAAGAGCUUCGGCUGAAGCACGUGCUGCUCGAAAAGCAUCGACGGCUCGGCGACAGCCAUCCUUGUGUUUGAAGGACGACUUGAAAGCCCGUGCGGAGCAUCGCAUCGAAGAAAUGUUGCAAGACCUUCAUGUGCCGGACAGUUCUGCAUUGUUUCGAGCUGCUCCCGGCAGCGUCAACAGCGGUCGCAUCACAUCAACUAUCACGGUAAGCGCCCUGCAAUCCCCAAGUCUGCCGGAAGCUAUGCAACGCAGAGCCGGCUCAGAAGCACCGUUGACACAGCUUGUCGCGACUUACCAUCGAGUGAAGCUCUCGGGGAUCUCUGGCGCUCAAAGAGACCAGAGCUUUUCGCAACUUGAGCGUUUCUUGUCCGUUCUCAGCCGUGCUGACAGCCGAUUGGCU